GCCACCUGGAAACAAAGCCCCUCCAAGCUAAACAAACCCCGCAGCAGCCGCAGCAGCCGCCGCCUGGUCGUGGCGGAGGAUCGGGGCUCACUGACAGAUGAGGCAGCAGCUGUCAUCCUCUCAUCUGGCUCCGAGCUGCGGUGACCUGGAUGUGGAAGCAGGAACAAGGCGCCGCAUCUCGCUUUAUUUUGGUUACAACACUCCUAUGGAGACGGAGGAUGCGCUCAUCCGCACCGGGGCAAGCUAGCUAACUUUAACAUUUCGGCUGUUUUAAUCAGCGUUCUUUUACUACUACAGUAGAAGUAUUUAUUUUAUUUUUAAAGAAAUGAAAGGACGCCGCUAUGCGCUGUUUGUUGGUUAAACCCAACCACCCUUGCAGCAUGCAAGCCAGCGGCAAACAGAAGCUGAAAACAAUGUUGUUAGCUAGUUAGCCGAGGUUAGCCGGCUAGCUGCUAGUUAACUAGUGGGCUGAGUUAGCCUUCCUGACUCAGCCCACUGAGAGUUUCGCUGCUUUAUGUUGGUUACUUCACUAAAGUAACCGGGUGGCACUUUCUUUUUCUAGGUGACACGACUUUUACUCUCAGAGUUUUAACAUUUUUAAGCCAAAAAAACAAACAAAACAAAAACAAACAACGAAGCUAACUAGCUAGCUAGCUAACCAGCGGUGCAGACCAGUUUCCCCCGCGAUCUCCUCAGCUUUCUAAGUCUUUGCAAAGAGCGUGUCAGGCCAUGGCUCAGGAGGCCUUCCCUCUGCAUUUCCUCGUCUGGAGCAACCAGUACCUAGAGCUGGACCGCGAGCUGCAGGGCGGAGAGCAGGACAUGGGGCGCCUGGAUCCGCGGGGGCGCACCCCGCUGGAGCUGGCCGUGUGUCUGGGCCACCUGGAGUCCGCCCGGGUGUUGCUCAGGUAUUCUGCAGACCCGACGCACUGCAACGCGCAGGGCUGGACCAUCUUGCAGGAGGCGGUGAGCACCGGGGACCCAGAGCUGGUGCAGCUGGUGCUUCAGUACAGAGACUUCAAGCGAGCCACGGAGAGACUGGCGGGCAUCCCAGAGCUGCUCAGCAAACUAAGACAGGCACGGGACUUCUACGUGGAGAUGAAGUGGGAGUUCACCAGCUGGGUGCCCUUAGUGUCCAAGGUUUGUCCCAGUGACGUCUAUCGGGUUUGGAAAAGCGGCUCAUGCCUGCGUGUUGACACCACCCUCCUGGGCUUCGAACACAUGACGUGGCUGAAAGGGCGGCGCAGCUAUAUUUUCAAGGGUGGAGAUGACGGGGCCGUGGUGAUGGAGGUGGACCAUGAGAAGCAGGUGGUGUACACCGAACCGCUGGUGCUGUCCCCUCGUGAUGCGCCCUCCCUGCUGGCAGCCAUGCAGCCGUCGCAGGAGAACACGGCCCAGAGGCUCACGUCGCCCAUCGUCUCCACACACCUCAACACACGCAACAUUUCCUUUGAGCGGAAUAAGUCUGGGAUCUGGGGCUGGCGUUCUGAGAAGAGCGAGGUCGUCAGCGGGUACGAAGCCAAGGUUUACAGUGCCACCAACGUGGAGCUGGUGACUCGGUCAAGGACGGAGCAUUUGUCGGACCAGGACAAGUCACGAAACAAAGGCUCUAAGACUCCCCUGCAGUCUUUCCUGGGGAUUGCGGAGCAGCACACCGCUCACAAUGGGAGCAACGUGUCCCAGUGCGCCAGCCCUCACAAUCCCACGGCCAUCACAGCCGAGGAGUACUUCGACCCGGAGUUCAACCUGAACGGCCGCGACAUCGGACGACCCGUCGAGCUCACCAGCAAAGUGCAGAGGUUCAAAGCCACUCUCUGGCUCAGUGAGGCGCACCCUCUGUCCCUGGCUGAGCAGGUGACGCCCAUCAUAGACCUCAUGGCCAUCUCCAACGCCCACUUUGCUAAACUGCGGGACUUCAUCACCCUGCGGCUCCCUCCAGGCUUCCCAGUCAAGAUAGAGAUUCCUCUGUUCCACGUGCUGAACGCCAGAGUGACGUUCAGCAACUUGUGCGGCUGCGACGAGCCGGUCAGCUCCGUGACGGUUCAGCAGCCAGAGAACUCCGGAGAGGCCGGUCAGUGUCCCGCUGAGUUCAUAUGCGAGGUGGACCCCUCCGUGUUCGAGCCGCCUCCGGACUACACCACGCUCGGGCCGGGCCGCAGCGAGCCGCUGAGGGACGAGGACGACAACCUGCUGCAGUUCGCCAUCCAGCAGAGUCUGCUGGACGCCGGCACCGAGAGCGAUCAGGUGACCAUCUGGGAGGCGCUGACGAACAGCCGCCCGGGGCCGCAGUCCCCGCUGUACGAGGAGGACUCUCAGCUGGAGAGGGCCAUCCAGGAGUCCCUCUCCAUCUCGCUGGCCAGCAGAGAGGGAGACGACACGGCCGACCCCGGCCUGCCCGCCUCGGUGUCGCCGCCGGACCCCGCCUCCGACCCGCCGCUCUCCUACAGCGCCGCCACCGAUCCGAGGCUCUCCGGACACUUCGGCGUGUCGACCAGCUUCGACGAGCAGCUGCGGCUCGCCAUGGAGCUGUCGUGCAGGGAGCAGGAGGAGAGCGACAGGAAGCUUAAGGAGGAAGAGGAGGAGCUGGAGAGGAUCCUGCAGCUGUCUCUCACUGACAAGUAGCGUCGCAGGAGCUGCAGCGGCACGGGUCCACACUGAGGAACAAUCACCUUAAUUUAUUCAGCUUUAUUAUUAUUAUUAUUUUUUUGAAUCCCAAGACAUUAAUUUAUUAUUGCAGAUAUUUUAUUUUGUCUUUCUCACAUGAAGGCUGCUAACACACAGUGUGAAAGGAACUGAUGUAGGAAAAUGUGAAAAAUGGGUCUGUGGAAACAGUUACUCUGAAUUAAAAUAUUUGUACACUUUUAAAUGAAGGACGAGACAAAAAGGGAGCUUAUUUUUUUUCUUUUCUUUUUUUAUUGAGUAUUUUUCACAGUCGUGCUGUUCUUUGAGUGACGAAUGAUCCUUAAGCUUAUAUGAUUCACUACAUUGAAAGUAAAAACAUUAAAACAUAAUGGAAUAAAAAACUUCUAAACAUAUUAUGUUGGCUUACUCCUAAGUGUGAAGAAAAAAAAAAUAAAGAAUAAAGAUCAUCCUG